AUGGAAGACUCGCAGCGAGGAGGCAGCCAGCAGCCGAAUCCACAGCUGCCUGGGUUCCUCGCCUCGCCGGUUGCCGCCGCGCCACAGCUUGUGCCGCAGGCGUGCACCAGUGGCACGGGCGGCGCGCUGAGCUGCCCGCCGGCCGCGUUGGACUGGGCGUCGCUGCUCCUCCCGCGCGCGCCGGGGUCGUUGCACGAUGUCCGGGCGACGACUUCGCAGGAGCAGGCGAUGGCAGGGGCUAGUGGUUGUAGUAGCAGCACGGCAGGGGAUGGCGACGGGGAGACGGAAGCCGGGAAGAAGGGCGGCGGGACGAGGGGGAACAAGAAGAAGAAGAAGCCGAGCCGGCCGCGGUUCGCGUUCCAGACGCGGAGCGAGAACGACAUCCUCGACGACGGCUACCGGUGGAGGAAGUACGGCCAGAAGGCCGUCAAGAACAGCGCGUACCCCAGGAGCUACUACCGGUGCACACACCACACGUGCAACGUGAAGAAGCAGGUGCAGCGGCUGGCCAGGGACACGAGCAUCGUGGUGACCACGUACGAGGGCGUGCACAACCACCCGUGCGAGAAGCUCAUGGAGGCCCUCAGCCCAAUCCUCAAGCAGCUCCAGCUCCUCUCGCAGCUCCAGUGUAGCACUAAUCAGCUCAUCUGAUGAGCUAGUAUUCAUCUGACACAGAUGACAGCGCGAACUAAUGCAGAUUUAUUUACUGCCCAAAGUGUACAAAUCAAAACACGCUCUAGAUCGGGAAGAGAAGGAAAUAGGCUGUCCUACCUCCCAAAUACAAAUGUGUUCCUUCUUGUUUCAUGCAUAUACAAAUGUCUGUAGGCACUGAUCAUGAUGCAUGUGUUGUGUUGUAAACUUACAAAAGAAUCUAUGUGCUAAACUGCUGAUCAGAAAGGCCCUAGUAAUAAACUUACAAAGGAAUGUAAUUUUAUUGUGCAAGUCAA